CGCCUCUCGGCUGGGCCGUCUGUCACUGGGAUGGGGGGCGGGCGGGAAGAGCGGCCCCGAGAGCCCCCGGCGCCGCCAGGGGAGGGGGGGUCUCUGGACCGUGCGGCUGGCGGACCGGACCCUGGGCCCGCGGACCCGACGCCGGGGGCUGGGGGAGCUCUCGGGCCCCGCCAGGGCGCCCCUCCCCCUCCUCCGCCGGCCGCAAUGAGAGGCAGAUGGCGGGGACUGAGCCGGGGGCGGCGGCGGCCGCUCUCACGGAAUCCGCGCUGCCCGCGCCCCCCUCCCCGGGGCCGGGCUCGGGCCCGGCACGCAGCAUCCCCUCCGCUGCACCCCCGUCCCCAGAUGGGGGGAGCGAGGGAGGAGCCACCUCCCCUUGUCCCCACAGCCCCGGCGCCCCCCCCUUGGCCACCGUUGCGAUGGCAACUGGGGCUCCUGCCAGCACCGUUUGGGGGUUUGGGAACCGCUGCUAAUUGGGUUCAUGUGUGAGUCGCCCCCAGCCCAGCCCAGCGCCUCCCUAAACACGCCUCCAGGCCCAGCUCCAGCCCCUCUCCAGUCGCCUCCCUCACCUUAAGACCCGCCCCGUCUGGUACCCCAGGACCCAGGGCCAGGGGCUCAGGAGUGUCAGGUUCUCCGAGUGGGAAAAGGCCUGGGACGUCUGGAUCUGUGUACUCCACCUUCUGAGGUCCAACUUUGCUUUUGUCUUUGGGGCUCUGAAGGGCACCUCAGGGACCCCCCCUACCUUAUGCUGAGGAGGGGGUGGCAUACAGCACUCGGAGGGCUGGCCACUCAAGGGACCCAGACAUCUUACCUGCUUCUCUUUGUCCCCAUCUCCUGUGGCAUCCCUCUCUCUGUCCCCCUCCCUUCCCAUUUUGACAGAACUGGACUCAGAGGACGCCCCGCCAUGCUGCCGUCUGGCCCUGGGGGAGCCCCCUCCCUAUGGCGCUGCCCCUAUUGGCAUUCCCCGGCCUCCACCCCCUCGGCCUGGCAUGCAUUCGCCACCACCCCGCCCGGCCCCCUCACCUGGCACUUGGGAGAGCCAGCCCGCCCGGUCAGUGAGGCUGGGGGGCCCGGGAGGGGGUUCCGGGGGGGCUGGGGGAGGCCGUGUUCUUGAAUGCCCCAGCAUCCGCAUCACCUCCAUCUCUCCCCCGCCUGACCCGCCGGCUGCGCUGGAGGACAACCCCGAUACCUGGGGGGACGGCUCCCCCAGGGAUUACCCGCCGCCAGAAGGCUUUGGGGGCUACCGAGAGACAGGCGGCCAGGGCGGGGGCCCCUUCUUCAGCCCCAGCCCCGGCAGCAGCAGCCUGUCCUCGUGGAGCUUCUUCUCGGAUGCUUCAGACGAGGCAGCCCUGUACGCAGCCUGUGACGAGGUGGAGUCCGAGCUGAAUGAGGCAGCCUCGCGCUUUGGCCUGGGAUCCCCCUUGCCCUCGCCCCGGGCCUCCCCUAGGCCGUGGACCCCCGACGAUCCCUGGAACCUGUAUGGUCCGAGCCCCGGAGGAGGCCGGGGGCCGGAGGAUAGCUGGCUACUCCUCAGCGCUCCUGGGCCCACCCCAGCCUCCCCACGGCCCGCCUCUCCAUGUGGCAAGCGGCGUUAUUCCAGCUCGGGAACCCCGUCUUCGGCCUCCCCAGCUCUGUCCCGCCGUGGCAGCCUAGGGGAGGAGGGGCCCGAGCCACCGCCACCACCCCCAUUGCCUCUGGCCCGGGACCCUGGCUCCCCCGGCCCUUUCGACUACGUGGGAGCCCCACCGGCAGAGAGCAUCCCGCAGAAGACCCGGCGGACUUCCAGCGAGCAGGCCGUGGCCCUGCCUCGGUCUGAGGAGCCUGCCCCGUGCAAUGGGAAGCUGCAGGCAGGAGCUGAGGAGACUGCGGCGCCCCCCGGGGGGCCUCGGAAGGAGGUGGCCGGCAUGGACUACCUGGCAGUGCCUUCCCCACUGGCUUGGUCCAAGGCCCGGAUUGGGGGACACAGCCCCAUCUUCAGGACCUCUGCCCUACCCCCGCUGGACUGGCCUCUGCCCAGCCAGUAUGAGCAGCUGGAGCUGAGGAUCGAGGUGCAGCCUAGAGCCCACCACCGGGCCCACUAUGAGACUGAGGGCAGCCGAGGGGCUGUCAAAGCCGCCCCUGGUGGUCACCCUGUAGUCAAGCUCCUAGGCUACAGUGAGAAGCCCCUGACUCUACAGAUGUUCAUUGGCACUGCAGAUGAAAGGAACCUGCGGCCUCAUGCCUUCUAUCAGGUGCACCGUAUCACGGGCAAGAUGGUGGCCACGGCUAGCUAUGAGGCUGUCGUCAGUGGUACCAAAGUGUUGGAGAUGACCCUGCUUCCUGAGAACAACAUGGCAGCCAACAUUGACUGUGCUGGAAUCCUGAAGCUCCGGAACUCAGACAUCGAGCUGCGGAAGGGGGAGACAGACAUUGGGCGCAAGAACACACGAGUGCGGCUCGUGUUCCGGGUGCACGUGCCCCAGGGCAGUGGGAAGGUCGCCUCGGUGCAGACAGCAUCAGUGCCCAUUGAGUGCUCCCAGCGCUCAGCCCAGGAGCUGCCCCAGGUAGAGGCGUACAGCCCCAGUGCCUGUUCCGUGAGAGGAGGAGAGGAACUAGUACUCACUGGCUCCAACUUCCUGCCAGACUCCAAGGUGGUGUUCAUCGAGAGGGGCCCUGAUGGGAAGCUGCAAUGGGAGGAGGAGGCCACAGUGAACCGGUUGCAGAGCAACGAGGUGACGCUGACCCUGACUGUCCCCGAGUACAGCAACAAGCGGGUGUCCCGGCCAGUCCAGGUCUACUUUUAUGUCUCCAAUGGGCGGAGGAAGCGCAGUCCUACCCAGAGUUUCAAGUUCCUGCCUGUGAUCUUCAAGGAGGAGCCUUUACCCGACUUGUCUCUCCGCGGCUUCCCUUCAGCACCUGGCCCUCCCUUUGGCACUGACAUGGACUUCUCACCAUCCAGGCCCCCUUACCCCUCCUAUCCCCAUGAAGACCCUGCUUAUGAAACUCCUUACCUGUCAGAAGGCUUCAGCUAUGGCACACCCCCUCUGUACCCCCAGACGGGGCCCCCGCCAUCCUACAGACCUGGCCUGCGGAUGUUUCCUGAGACUGGGGGUGCCAGCGGUUGUGCCCGCCCAUCUCCAGUCUCCUUCCUUCCCCGGCCCUUCCCUAGUGACCCCUACGGAGGACGGGGCUCCCCAUUUCCCUUGGGGCUGCCAUUCCCUCCUCCAACCCCCUUUCGGCCUCCACUGCCUUCAUCCCCACCGCUGGAAGUCCCCUUCCCUCCCCAGAGUGGUGUUCACCCCCCACCUGCUGAGGGAUACGAUGAGGUAGGGCCAAGCUAUGGCCCUGGGGAGGGGGCUCCGGAGCAGGAGAAAUCCAGGGGUGGCUUCGGCAGCGGCUUCCGAGACAGUGUCCCUAUCCAGGGUAUCACGCUGGAGGAAGGUGGGUGUGCGACUGGGGGCUGUGAGUGUGAGUGUGUGUGUACAAGAGUUUGCUCUGCAUGUUUGCUGAGGGCUGGAGUUGGGCUUCCCAGAGAUGGGGCGUCCUUGGUCCCUCAGGGCCAGUCGGAGGGUCUCAGGAGGCAAGCGCUUGGUGCAUGUGGCCGCCUGAAUCCAGUUAAGCUUAGCUCCGAAGCGUGCAUGGAGUACCUGCCCCCGCCCUUCUGCCUCUGCUCGCUGCCCCAGAUCACAAAAUCUCAGGGCUGGAAGAACUUUCAAGAUCAUUCAGCCUAGCUCCCUCAAUUUGCGGAUUCAGACGCCGUAUUUCAGAGAGGGGCAGGGGCUUGCAGAGGUCCCAGUUGAGCAUAUUUCCCCUUGCCUCAGCUUUCCCCUCCACGUGGUGACUGUGGUCAGGGUUGGUGGUGAGGAGCCUUGGUAUUUUGUGUCUCCUUCCUCCCACUGGCUCCCCCCGCCCGCAGCGCUGCUGACAGUCACUGCCCUAACGUUGCAGGCCGAGCCGGCAGGAAAGGGCUGGGAUAGGGGCCUGGGAGCCCACAUGGAUGGAAUUGAGCGAGAUUGGAUUGGGACCAGGUAUCAAGACAUAUUGGGGAAACUGAGGCCCAGUGGAAGAGAAGCCAGUAGAGGAGGAGCCUAGAGGCAUCCUAGACUGAGGCCUGCCUGGAAUGGAUUGGGGGUCUCUGGAGGAGGGGACCAGUCCCUAGCCCAAUCUUUCAACUGCCCCUCCUUUACAGUGAGUGAGAUCAUUGGCCGAGACCUGAGUGGCUUCCCUGCACCUCCUGGAGAAGAGCCUCCUGCUUGAAGCAUCGCCUGGCAACCCCAGCUCCCCCCAGCCUUGCCCACUUUCCCUUCCUCCUGGGGUGCUGGUUCCAGAAGCUUGGGGCCGAUCUAGCUCCUCUUUCUCCAGCUUUUGCCUCCUCUCCCCUGCCCCUAGCUGAGGUGUGGCCCUUGGGCCUGGUGCUGCCUUGGAGGGCUAGGAUGGGAGUGGGGUCCGAGGCCGGGAGUGAGGACAGACGGGAGUGAAGGCUGUGUCUAGUUGUGUACAGGCCAUGGUGCUGGGAGGCUGGGGACAGCUUGAUGGAUAAUAAACUGCUCACUGACUAGU